AUGAUGAAAUCAACUACCUUGGCCAAUACGAAAGCCGUUCAUACCGACGGAGCCAUCAUGGAGACUCUGCACGAGGAUUUGUUUCGAGAUGUUGACGCAGAGGACGAGGCUGACUUGUACGACCAAAUGCCUGAUUCAUCUUGCACUGGACCCAGAAAGAGCUGCGCAAGGUGCCAAGAGCUUGGAAGACGCUGUUAUCGCUGUCGACGAAACAAAAACACGAGGAUAGACGAGACGCCUCCCAAAAAGUCAUCGCUUGAGUUGAUUCUGGGAUCUGCAGCUUCGCGACGGCGAUCUCCAAUCGACGAAACACCACGGGAGCCCACUAGAACCACCAAAGACACACCAACAAGGGCAAGACCUCAAGAAGCUACCCGAGACACUAGAACUACUUACUCGGAGAGGACAUACACAUGUCAUAGUACCUAUUGCAGCGAAUAUGAUUCAUGGUCCAGAAGUACCACACGAGCAAGUACAGAAGGACGAGCAGGUCAGAACGUCGACAUGCGCCCCGUCGACGCAGGAGCAGCAGCUAUACUCGCCCCCGAUCUCGCCAUCGUUACUAUCGGCAUGCAGAAGAAUCUCAGCGCCGUCCGCGUUAUCGUCGAUCAGAUGUUCAGUUCGAGGUCCUCAAAACCUGUGCCGGCUGGCAACUACUCUCAACAAAAUGCCAUGCUGAGGAGCUUACGAAAGGUCGUCGUACCCAUUACCAUGAGCACCGACACUUGGGAGGACCGUUCACGGAUCCUUCGCGCUGCAACACUUGCAGGUGGCUACCUACCGAGGACAUCGCAUUCAAAAAUGUCAAGGUGA